AUGUCUAGUGUGAAAGAACUUACCACAAAUUUUGUCAAACUCAAGAAGUUUGACGGUGUGGAAUUUCAACGAUGGAAGAAGAAGAUGUAUUUUCUUCUUACAUCGUUGAAGGUUGCCUAUGUGAUUAGCACUCCUAGACCGAUUGAACAUGAGAAUGAAUCAAUGGAGGAUGUGCGUGAGAAAUCUAAAUGGGAUAAUGAUGACUUUAUAUGUCGGGGUCAUAUUCUCAAUGGGAUGGAGGAUGAUUUGUUCUAUGUGUAUCAACAUGUCGAGUCUGCUAAGGAGCUAUGGGAAUCAUUGGAGAGUAAGUACAUGGCGGAGGAUGCCUCAAGCAAGAAAUUUCUUGUAAGUAACUUUAAUGACUUUAAAUUUGUUGAUGGUAGAUCGAUUAUGGACCAGUUUCAUGAGAUACAACGUAUUUAUAGUAACUUGAAACAACAUGGUAUCAAUGUUGAUGAAUUGUUUGUUGUUUCGAGUAUUAUUGAUAAGCUGCCCAAUAGUUGGAAAGAUGUUAAGCAUGACUUAAAACACAAAAAGGAGGACAUAUCUUUGUCCAAUUUGGCUACCCAUCUUCAAAUUGAAGAAGGGAUAAGAGCCAUGGAGAAGGCUAAGGAUGGAAAUCCAAGCUCUUCAACCAUUAACGUGGUGGAGGAAGGCAAAUCUAGUGCUUCAACUAGUGGUAAGAGGAAAAAGUUUAAUUCCUCUAAGGGCAAGUCCAAGAAACAAAAGGACAACAACAAGUAUGCUUGUUGGGAAUGCGGCCCAACCCUGAAUAGACUUGGAUAUAGACUAGUUUUUGAAGCAGAUAGAUGUAUUAUAACUAAGGGUAGCACUUUUGUUGGACGUUGUUAUUUGUCUCAUGGUUUGUUUAAACUCUCUUUAAGAGAGAGAUUAGGUCAUGUGAAUUACAAUAAGUUGUCUUUUAUGUCUAAAUUAGAACUUAUUCCUCCAUGUGAUAUUGCUCUUGAUAAAUGUACUACUUGCAUGCUUAAUAAGAUCACUAGAACUCCUUUCAAGAAAGUUGAAAGAUGUUCUAAGAUCUUAGAAUUAGUUCAUAGUGAUUUGUGUGACUUUUAUAGUACACCUUCUUUGGGAAACAAAAGAUACAUAGUUACGUUUAUUGAUGAUUUUUCAAGAUUUUUCUAUGUGUAUCUUUUAUAUUCCAAAGAUGAAGCCUUGGUUAAAUUUGAUAUUUAUAAGAAAGAGGUUGAGGUGCAAGUAGAGUCUUUUAUUAAGAAAUUGAGAACCGAUAAGGGAGGAGAGUACUAUGAUCCUGCUUAUUUCCAAUCUUUGGAACAAAGUGACUAUGUUUCGAAACAUUCGAUUAUUGAGUCACGUGAUGCAAUUUUUGAUGAAAAUCAGUUUUCAUCAAUGAGUAGACCAAAGGAUCUACAAGUUAGUACCAAAGGAAAGGAAAUUGUUGAUUAUGAUGAUCAACAUGUUUCUCAUGAAGGUUCAUCUAAUAAUGAGGAUGAGACUCCUCAUAUUGUAGGCUUCAAGGUUGAAGCUGAGUGUGUGAGCAUUCCGGGAAUGCUGAGUGAAUCUAAGUCAGGGACUUAG